AUGAGCCUGUUUGGUAAGAUUUUCGGAGGAAAGAAACAGGAAGCUCCAGCCACUCCUCAAGAUGCCAUCCAAAAGUUGAGAGAAACCGAAGAAAUGUUGGAGAAAAAGCAAGACUUUUUGGAGAAAAAAGUCGUAGAUGAAAAGGCAAAUGCGGUAAAAUACGGGACCAAGAACAAGCGCAUGGCUCUCCAAUGCUUGAAUAGAAAGAGAAAUUUUGAGAAACAAUUAGCACAUAUCGAUGGAGUUUUGGCCACUAUUGGAUUUCAGAGAGAGGCUCUAGAAAAUGCUUCCACAAACGCUGAAGUACUCAAUGUGAUGAGUCACGCCAGCAAGGCUUUGAAAACCGCACAUAACAACAUGGAUAUCGACCAAGUCCACGAUCUGAUGGAAGAUAUUGCUGAGCAACAAGAAGUGGCAAAUGAAAUAGCUGAGGCCAUUUCGAAUCCUGUCGGUUUUAGUUCUGCUGUCGAUGAUGAUGAUUUGAUGCGCGAGUUGGAGGAACUCGAACAGGAAGAGCUCGACAAAGAGCUUCUUGACGCCAGAGCUCCCCCGGUGGUGCUUCCUGAUGCUCCAAGCGUUGCAUUGCCCGCGGUUCCUGCUUCAAAACCACGAGCUGCUGUCGCUGCCGAUAAGGACCUUGAAGAUCUCGAGAGCUGGGCUAACGCGUAA